AUGUCUCACAGUGAGUUUAACAACAUUACUAUUGACAAGCUCUCAACCUUCUGUCGUGAGUUUCUCCCCAGGGUUAAAGACCACGGCCUGGUCGCUACAGUUCUCGGGGGAGAUCUAGUCGACUCUAAUGUAGCGGCCUGGAGCGGUCAGUAUCCCGGCCCUAUAGCAGGGGAGUGGGCUAAGCUCAGUCAUGUGCUCCUCGAGGAGUGUGCUCCUAAUGGCAGUCCGAUUCUGACAGUCCGAGGCAACCACGACUCGUUUGCCGUUGCUGGUUAUGAUGAUGAGAAGAACCACUUCUAUCGUGAGAUGGUCGAGCAGUUGUGGCCGAAGUCGGCAGACCUCAUCCGGAGCCAAGGCGGCAGUUGGAUGUUACCCGUCAAUGGUUACUUGCUUAUUGGACUUGACCUCACGCCUUCGGCUGGGGCCAGUCGACACUUUUUCGGGGAACUUUCUGAAGAGACCGAGGCCUGGCUCAGAGAGGAGUGGCUGGGAAAAAGACGCCACAUGAGGACUAUCAUCAUAACACACUACAACUUCGGUACGCAUGAUAUGAUUCUCUUCGUCAUCUAA